AGUAGUGGCUCUAUAUUAACUCGCCCAUCGCCAUUUUUCGAUCUCAACCUCUUCUCGUUUCUUCACGACCCAAAAUUCCAAAGUAAAGAAAUCGAAGUUGACGUUUGAACCUCUCUCUUUCUCUCAAGAGUUGCCUGUUGAUCAGCGUUCCAUUGAAGGUUUUGAUUCAGAAAGCUUUCUCUAUACAAGAGCCUGAAAGAUUUACACCGGAUUAGAGUGAUAUUCUUGUUUUGGACAAUAUUUUUCUCUCGUUGUCACUAGGCUGACGUGAAAUUGAGGGAUAGAAAAUAAGAUAAAAUGUUGCCCACGAUGACAUGUUAGGCUCAAUGAAGUGGAAACAUUGAGAGCAGAUAGCUAUGGAACAUAAUUUCUUUGAGCCUGAGUUACACUUUGAAUCUGCUGGAGAUGUUUCUAUCCGGCAGAAAUGGAAAGCCAUUUCAGCCCCAAGAGACAAUGAGGGUGGCUGCUUUGAUUGUAACAUAUGCUUAGAAUCAGCACAUGAACCUGUGGUCACCAUCUGUGGCCACUUGUACUGCUGGCCUUGCAUUUACAAGUGGCUGCAUAUACAAAUCUCUGAAGAUGAAUCGAACCUGGAGGAGCAGACGUGCCCUGUUUGUAAAGCUAACAUCUCGCAGGCUUCCUUGGUUCCGCUCUACGGCCGGGGCACAUCCCCUUCGGAUUCGAAUGACAAGAAACCCAAUUUGGGUCUUGUCAUACCCAAUAGACCAUCUCCUUGUGGGUUGAACACUCUAAUUUCUACUACAACCUCUGCUUCCCAUUCCAGUCAGCAGCUUCAUCCAAAUUAUUUUCAGUCACAGGCUGAGUCUCAGUCAUUUCAUCACCAGCAAUACUUUCCUCACCCAUAUGAAGGUCAGGCUGCAAAUGCAUCAACUUAUCUUGGGGAUACCGCAAUGGCUAGUUACUUUAGUCCAACAAUUGGGAUGUUUGGAGAGAUGGUCUAUGCGAGGAUGUUUAGGAGCUCAUAUACAAGUUUGUAUCCUUUUCCAGCUUCCAACCCCCCCACAGGGAUUAGCAGUCCUAGAUUGAGAAGGCAGGAAUUGCAGCUUGACAAGUCUCUUAAUAGACUUUCCAUUUUUCUUUUUUGUUGCAUAAUCUUGUGUCUUCUCGUUUUCUGAUCAUGUUCCUUUCUGUCUUCUCUUUUGUAUAGUUGUGAGAAGAUAUGAGACUGUGUGCAGUCUCAUAUAGAUUUUGCACAAUUCCUCUUGAGAACCUUUUUUGUGUAUACAUAAUGUUAAAUUUGUUGGUUUGAUUUA